GCUAGUAAGUUGCAGGGGGAUCUGGAAGCAGAGGUGCAGUCAGACAGAAUGGAAGACGUUCCUGUCCUUCUGGGAGAACUGCGUCCUGGCAGGGAACAGUCAUAUGAUUGGAAGUCAAGUUGCGAAACCUGGAGUGUUGCAUUUUCUCCAGAUGGGCGUUGGUUUGCUUGGUCCCAAGGACAUGGCAUUGUCAAGCUCCUUCCAUGGCCAAUAGAGGAAGACCAUUUACGGCCUCAAUCCUUUGCAUCCAAGAACCAGUGUGUGAAGAUCACAGAUAUUAAAGGACGACAAAGUCCAGAGGAAAAGACAUUGGACUGUGGUCAAAUAGUUUGGGGAUUAUCUUUUGGCUCCUCAUCGUCCCCAUUGGGCAGGAAGCUAUGGCCGUGCAGUAGACACCAAGCUGCUGGAUCAAGCGGUUCUUGGCUGGUUUUAGCAACAGGGUUGAAUGAUGGCCAUGUCAAAGUCUGGGAUGUUCAUACAGGUGGCCUUCUUUUUAAUCUGGCUGGUCACCAAGAUGUUGUGAGAGAUGUGAGCUUUUCCACCAAUGACAGCCUGAUAUUGGUCACUGCAUCUCGGGACAAGACGUUGCGCGUAUGGGACUUGAAAAAAGAUGGUAAAUUACUACACGUGUUAUCUGGACACACCAACUGGGUGUAUUGCUGUGCCAUCUCCCCAGACUGUAGCAUGCUGUGCUCUGCAGCAGGAGAGAACUCGGUGCUGUUAUGGAGCAUGCGCUCUUAUACACUCAUACGGAAAUUAGAGGGUCACCAGAACAGUGUGGUGUCAUGUGACUUCUCCCCUGACUCCGCCCUUCUGGUCACAGCCUCUUAUGACACUACAGUGAUCAUGUGGGACCCUUACACAGGCGAACGGCUAAGAGAAUUUCUGCAUGUUUCUUUACCUCCUGAUGUGGAGUACAGCACAACAGAACCGCAGCUAAGCUCUCUGAGGUCUGUGUGUUUCUCACCAGAGGGGCUGUUCUUGGCCAGUUUGGCAGAUGACAGAUUUCUGAGGCUCUGGUCUCUAGAGCUACAAGAUCCUGUGUCUGUGGCACCAGUCACAAAUGGUUUGUGCUGCACAUUUUUUCCACAUGGGGGAGUUCUUGCAACGGGCAAUCGAGAUGGUCACGUGCAGUUCUGGACAUCCCCGAAAGUCCUGCCCUCACUCCGGCACUUGUGUCGCAAGGCUCUACGUUGCUUUCUCACCACUUACCAAGUCCUUGCUUUACCCAUUCCAGGAAAAAUGAAGGAUUUUCUGACUUAUCGGACUUAUUUGUAACACCCUUGAGUAAGGAGCAGCAAUAGGGGACCUGCAAGCCGCCUUAUGUAAAAGUAUUUUCCACCAUGCAGAUUUCACAGAUAACCCUCACAGUGGACAUAGAUGUAUUCACAGGAAAAAUGCACCUUACUGGAACCUCCACAUAGCAAGAGCCAAACAACAACAAAAUAUAUGAAUAUCUGAUAAGGAGAGGUAGAUCAUGGCAUAUUCUGUAAAUGAUCCUUAAUAAUUAGUAGUUUUGCUGUUAAAACGGAAACAUUAGAGUAAGCAAGUAACCAUCACCUGUUAAUAUUUAAAGGGGAAGUAAAGUCUAAAAUAGAAUAAUGCUAGAAAUGCUGUACUAAACAUGAACUUACUGCUCCACAAGCCUAAUCAAACAUGAUUUAUGCUUUCAAAGUUGGCCACAGGGGGUCACCAUCUUGUAACUAUGUUAAACAUAUUUGCAAGACCAAGACUGUGCACAUGCUCAGUGUGGUCUGGGCUGCUUAAGGAUUGUCAUAAAUCAUUAUCAAAACAGCACAAGUCAAACAAAAGCUGCCAGAAGCCAAAUUUGCAGACUGCACUGGGUCCUGCGUUGUCACGUAAUCUAAUGUGGAUUUUAUGUUUUUGUAUUGUUUAAUACAAACUUUCUCCAACUCUGCAAAAUAAUCAAAAUAAUCCUCCAAAUAGAAUCCCAGUUUAUCAGUUUAAAUCUCCAUGAUCUUUGUCCCUGCAGCUGGAGUUGGAAACCGUAAAGGGAAUGUAAAGGCAAAAAAAAAUCCAAUAGAAAUCUCUACACAGUCGCCAACUGCUCUACAGGGAAACAAACAAAGCUGCUGGAGUUCUCCAUGGCUAAGAAGUAAGGUGGGGGGCUCCCCUGCUGUUCAUAAGUAUGAUUGUUUCCUUGCAGAGAAGUUAGGGACCAUCUGACAAUUCCUAUCCACAGCAGUAAAUGAAGGGAGAAUUUCACUGCAUACAGUCAGGUUUCUUAUAAAAACGGUACAUAUUUUUUAAUUAAAGUAUAUUGGAGAUAGCUUUCUUUUUCAUUGAAGAAAUUAAAAAUGGGAUUUAAUUGUUUUGCCUUUACAUGCCCUUUAAUGAUGUGAACAUACAGGGUUACUAUGCAGAAUACACAUAUUUCAAUGAUUUCUUUGUUUCCCCCCUUUGAAAAUGUACUAUGCAAUUAGUCUUUAUUAAUGAUAUAUGAACAAGUACCCAAGUUGCAGAUAAGUCUAAAAAGUAAGAUUAAGGCUGGGGUUUGUAUAGCUUAGUGCCAUUUCCUAGGGCUAUUUUAAUAAAAUUAAAAUAUCUGUUGUGAUUUAUAGUUUGUGUCCCCCCCCCAGUUCCCCUGAGGAGGGUAGUAUUCUAUUGUCUCCUCAUACAAUACUAUUAUGUAGAUCAUAUACAUUGAAAUUCUCUGUAACAAAGUCUGCACGAGUAGAUAGAGGCUCAUGGACCUUUUCACUCCCCAGUGAACACCAGCUUCCCAAUAUAACUUUUUAUCCCUCCUGCUUGUGGGAUUGCAGAAUGGCCAAGUAAUUCUAAUUUCUUUCCCAUCUGUGAUAACAUCUAUAGCCCAAGGGUAUGGGUUCCAGAGACAAGUACAUCAGCUCCUGCAGCUGGUGAGUGCUGUGUGUUGGGAGGAUGUUUCCUGUCUGUAGCCUACAACCAAAAUUUACAGCAGAUUCUUAGGUUGUGUAUUGGACAAAAAGCUUCAUAGACAAGCCACGUGUUUUUUUGUUCUGCAAGAGGUAACAUUUGUAUGUGUUUAUAUUUUGCUAGAUAAUAAUAUCGAUGCAUUGUUAUAUAGUCUUGGACAAAUGUUAAUCCUAAAACAAAUCUGUGAAAUCGACAAAAUAGGUUAAAAAAAAACUGCCAGCACCAUUUUGAAACGAAUGCAUUUAAUAUGUAAUGUUUGAUUACAUACUUUUGGAUGUAGUGUCAGUUUUGUUGGCAUCUUCAUAUUCCAAACCUAUAUUUAUUAAAAGAAAACAUUCCAUUAACUGUUAA